UCCAUGUCAUGCUGUCCUUUUCAGUGCUAUAUAUUUUUAGGUUUGGACACCUGCAAUCCAGCUCCGACCCAGCAAAAUAGGCCAAAUGUUCGAAGCCAAAAGCAAGCUUGACUUCUGAGUCCAUGAGGGUUUUCCAGCUAGCUGGACUACUUUUUAAAUGUGAGAAGCACCCUGGCCUGAAUCUCUCAUACCCUGAUGAAAUUUUCCUAUAUCCCAAACCAUGUGGAGCUUCAGGGAAGCGGAGUAAACUAGGAACAACCGAACAAGCUUUGCUUCAUCACGGCCGGCCUUGCCUGGCAAUUGGCAUCUUAGCCUUCUUGGAAGUACCGCACCGUACAAAUAUACCUGGAGCGCCAGAAGCCAAAUUCUGGAGCGCCAGAUAAAUUACCCUCUGCAACCGAAUCCCAGUUGCCUCUCCAGUUGCUAGUUCCCCAUGGCCAGACAUUCCUUGUUCUUCUUCUUCUUCUUCCUCGCCUUGUUUCUGCAGCACCUCCACAUUAGUGUAGGUUUACCUGGAAGGAGUUUAGCAGCAGCAACAGAGCAAUGGCAGCCCAUGCAGUGCGACGCUGCGUCGCUCAACCCAUCAUCGUGCAGCUCGUACCUUUAUGUGACUCCUCAAGGGCGCAGCCUGUCCGAGAUAGCCUCCCUCUUCAAUGGCAGCGCAUCUCUCACCCAGCCCAUCAAGCGGCGCUCUGGUUCAGAGGACUUGCUGGUCCGUGUGCCGUGCGUGUGUGGUGCAAUCAAUGACACCAUGAGCGGUCUCUUCCAUGAUACUGCAUACAAGGUUAGUCCAGGCGACACGGCUGACAGCAUCAACGGUAACUUCAGUAGGCUUGCGUGGAACAUUGUUGCUGCAGCAAACAAGACAAUCACGGUUCAUCUUCUAUGUGGCUGUUCCUCCACGGCACCGGAGGGGGUGGUUUCUUACACAGUCCAGCCUAAAGAUACACUGAGCAACAUCGCAACCUUGUUCAGAUCAGGCUCGAGGGAGAUCCUAAGCUUGAAUGCGGGGGUCACGGAUCCUGAUUUUCUUAAGGAAGGUUGGAUCUUGCUCAUCCCGAUGGGAGUUGCUAGUUCUUCUAAAAGAAAGUUUGGCGGUUUACCGAUCAUAAUCACAGUAUCAAUAUCAGCUGCAAUUAUGCUCCUUUUCGCCCUCACCAUUGUACUUCGCCUGAGAAGGAGAUCUCUGGUGCCCAAUGUUGAAGUGCCAAAGAAAGAGAUGGAGAGAGUUCCCAGCAACACAAGCAUAGCUAUCCUAGAGAGCCGUUACUUUCCAUCCAAGAGGAUUGAUGAUAUUGAUCCAUUCCAAACGGAGAGGCCUGUGAUUUUCAGCCUGAAAGCGGUUGGAGAGGCCACAGCUAACUUUGAUGAGAAGAGGAAGAUUGGUGAGGGUGGAUAUGGCAUGGUCUACCUAGGUUUCAUCGGAACACAUGAGAUUGCAGUUAAGAUGAUGAAAGACAGCAAAUCAAAGGAGUUCUUUGCUGAGCUGAAAGUGCUGUGCAAAGUACAUCACAUAAAUGUGGUUGAGUUGAUUGGCUAUGCUUCUGGGGAGGACCACCUGUACCUUGUUUACGAGUAUGUUCAGAAUGGAUCACUGAGUGAGCAUCUCCAUGAUCCUUUGCUGAAAGGUCAUCAACCUCUCUCGUGGACUGCAAGAACGCAGAUAGCAACGGAUGCUGCACGCGGUAUCGAGUACAUCCAUGACCAUACAAAGGCCUGCUAUGUGCACCGUGACAUCAAAACCAGCAAUAUUCUGCUAGAUGAGGGACUAAGAGCUAAAGUUGCGGAUUUUGGGCUGGUAAAGCUAGUUGAGCGCAGUGAUGAACAAGAUUGCCUGGCAACUCGUUUGGUUGGAACGCCAGGCUACCUUCCACCAGAGUCAGUCCGUGAGCUUCACAUGACCACGAAGUCUGACGUCUAUGCGUUUGGAGUAGUUCUUGCAGAGCUGAUCACCGGUCUCCGUGCACUUGUGCGGGACAAUAAGGAAGCUAAUAAGACAAAGUCACUUAUCUCAACUAUGAGGAAAGCAUUCAAAUCAGAAGAUGUGGAGAGCUCACUGGAGGGAAUCAUAGAUCCCUCCUUGAAGGAUAACUACCCCAUAGAAGAAGUGUGUAAGCUGGUAAACAUUUCGAUGUGGUGCUUGAGUGAGGAUCCGUUGGACAGGCCUGAGAUGAGGGAGAUUAUGCCAAUGCUGUCUCGAAUUCAUUUGACCUCCAUAGAGUGGGAAGCGUCGCUCGGAGGUGACGCCGAAGUCUUUAGUGGUGUUUUCAAUGGCCAGGAGUACUUCUAUGUCGAGUUCAUGAAUUCAUCUUGGUCGAACGAGGAUGAAGAUGAUGUUGAAGGUGUCAGGGCCUAUGAUAAUUACUUCAAGUUGGAAAGGGAUGCUAUUGGAAACAUUGGGUUUUCUGGUUAUCAAAAGUGCAUGGCUACUAUGAGGGUGCUUGCCUUUGACAUGGCCUUAGAUUCGUGGGAUGAGUACCUCUGGAUGACUAAAAGCACAUGUCUCGAAGCCAUGAUUGUUAUAGUCGACCCCAUUGAAAUGGAAUCUUACCCCGAGAUUCAGGCGACAAGGCCAACAAUUGAGUCCCCCUACCUCACCGGUCAGCUCAGCAGCCGCCCGAUUCGCGCCGCCCUCCCCGACUUCCGUCGCCGUUCGCCGCCGCAGAGCGCAUACACGGCGGCGCGCCCUGAGUGGAUGUGGUGGGAGGAGGUGAGGAGGAGGGAACGCGGGGAGCUGCGCGCGCGGCGCUUCGAGGCCCUCGCCCGCUCGCGCCGCGCCGCCUCGCUCGCGCUCUCCAACCGCAAGGAGAUCGCGACCCCGCACCUCGGCGCCGUCAACUCCCUCCAGGUUGAUUUGACAGAGGGGAGGUACCUGCUCUCGGGGGCGUCGGACGGGUCGGCCGCCGUCUUCGAUCUGAAGGACGCGACGGAGUACGAGGCCGGGUUCAUCGCCAAGCACAGGAGCAUUCUGCUCGUGGACAGGCAGCAUCAGCAUGGCCACAAGUUCACCGUCUCCAAGGCCAUCUGGUAUCCUGUGGACACCGGGCUGUUCGUCACGGCGUCCUUUGAUAACUAUGUCAAAGUGUGGGAUACCAAUUCCACUCAAGUGGUCAUGGAUUUUAAGAUGCCCGGAAAAGUGUACAGUGCUGCAAUGUCUCCAAUUGCAACAACGCAUAUGCUCAUCGCUACCGGAAGCGCAGACGUUCAGAUCCGUUUGUGUGAUAUUGCUUCCGGAGCCUUUACUCACACGUUGUCCGGUCAUCAUGAUGGUAUCAUGUCUUUGGAGUGGUCUACCUCAAGCGAGUGGAUCCUAAUGAGUGGUGGCUGCGACGGGGCGAUACGUUUUUGGGACAUAAGACGAGCUGGAUGCUUCCUUAUCCUUGAUCAGUUACGGUCUCAGCUAGGAAGACGGCCUCCCAUUAUUGAUAGCACCACGGACAACCAGCAUCAGAAGAACUUAGGACGUUCAUCUUCAUCAAAGAGUUACUCGGUUCAGCAGAGGACAGGCAAUCAUAAGAAGCAGUCCAAAGGACUACGCAAAAGUCUAACCAUGGUACGUGGACAUACGCAACAGAAAGUGCAUCCCGGUAUGUCAUCCAGUCAAAAUCGUAAAACAGCUCAUUAUGGUGCUGUUACAGGAUUAAGAACAACAACAGAUGGGAUGCACCUUCUUAGCUCAGGAUCUGAUUCUCGUUUAAGACUCUGGGAUAUCGAUUCAGGCUGCAAUACUUUGGUCAAUUUUGAAGCCAUGCGAUUGCAAACUAGCAAGCCACUGCAAUUAGCUGUCACUGAUGAUCCAUCACUUGUUUUCAUUCCAUGCAUGUCAAGCAUCAAGGCAUACAAUACAUGGUCUGGUACGACAUUUCAAACAUUCCGUGGGCAUUAUGACCAUGUAAAUUGCUGCUACUAUAACUCACAAGACCAAGAACUCUAUACUGGUAGCAAUGAUCGACAAAUUCUUGUGUGGUCUCCAUCGACUCCUGCUUUGACUGAAAUGGAAGACGAUGACAAGCGGCAAGAGGGUUUUGCAGCUGAUGAGGAUAACUGGAGUGACUGAAGUUGUGAGUUUUUUAAGGGAGAUAACUUGUGAGUUGAUCAUGUGUAUAUACGAGGUUACUAACAAUAUUGACACGAGUGAUGCCGAAAUAAAGUCAGGGUUCUUGUUAGGUAUUACACGAACCAGUAAUUACUUGUGUUUGGCUACUACUCCGAGAGGAUGUUGUACAUUAGGAUUUGAAUUUUUUGUAGUUCAUUGAAACUUAUGUAUUCAGGCAUCAUAAUAAAAAGAGGAGUAUUAUGUAUGGUUCA